UUAUUUAUUUGUUUAUGCCUUGGUCGAAAAUCUAAUUCGACGGGGAGGUUCGGGGCUUUGACUUGGGCAAAACGAGAAGAUCCGCUCGUCACUACAUUCCCUCUCUUGUCUGAACUGGAAAGAGGGUAAAAAGACCAAACAGUGUCGGGACAGGAUCAAACAAACACAGCUCAUAUUCCCUCUCUCUCUCGCUUGACCCGCAACAACCAAACUGGCUAAUUUAGCAUCGAUUACUAUUGCAGUGAUUGUUUGAUUACCAGAAGCCUAUACCAGGACUAUGUUUAGAUUCAAGAUAUGGGGUGUGUGAUUAGUCGAGAAGUCUCAUCUGAAAAAACCUCAGAGGUGAAAGAGGAUAGGAAUUUGAGUGCUGGAUCGAACGGGAAGAUAGAUGAAAACUCCACGGGGACAGCUGAAGGGGAAGUGGUUGAGGUCCAGAACGUUGGCAACCAAAAGGAAGAGAGAAAUGAUUAUGAUGGUGGGGCCCAGGUUCAGCAGCCCCGGGGCAGAAGGAGAAGGUCAAAGCCAAACCCAAGGCUAAGUAACCCUCCGAAGCAUUUGCGGGGGGAGCAAGCAGCGGCUGGGUGGCCCCCGUGGCUUACGGCAGUGUGUGGAGAAGCACUUAGUGGGUGGAUUCCUCGGAAGGCUGACACAUUUGAGAAAAUUGAUAAGAUUGGGCAAGGAACAUAUAGCAAUGUGUACAAAGCUAAAGACAUGUUGACUGGUAAAAUUGUUGCACUAAAGAAGGUUCGGUUUGACAAUUUGGAGCCUGAGAGUGUGAAGUUCAUGGCCAGAGAGAUUCUUAUUUUGCGAAGAUUGGAUCAUCCCAAUGUUGUAAAGUUGGAAGGUUUAGUCACAUCAAGAAUGUCCUGUAGUUUGUAUUUGGUGUUUAAUUACAUGGAGCAUGAUUUGGCUGGACUUGCUGCAAGCCCAGGGAUCAAGUUCACCGAGCCUCAGGUCAAAUGUUACAUGCACCAGCUAUUAUCAGGACUUGAGCACUGUCAUCACCUUCGAGUACUUCACCGUGAUAUUAAAGGAUCAAAUCUUCUUAUUGACAAUGAAGGAAUACUUAAGAUAGCUGACUUUGGAUUGGCAUCUUUCUUUGAUCCUAACCAUAAGCUGCCGAUGACUAAUCGUGUAGUUACACUUUGGUAUCGACCUCCUGAGUUGCUUCUUGGUGCCACAGAAUAUGGUGUGGGAGUGGACCUUUGGAGCGCAGGUUGCAUUUUGGGAGAGUUAUUGGCAGGAAAGCCAAUUAUGCCUGGUCGCACAGAGGUUACAGUGGAGCAGCUGCAUAAGAUAUACAAACUAUGUGGUUCCCCCUCAGAUGAGUACUGGAAGAAGUCAAAGUUGCCCAAUGCUACCUUGUUUAAACCUCGAGAGCCUUACAAGAGAUGCAUACGAGAGACAUUUAAAGAUUUUCCACCUUUUGCACUUAUGCUUAUUGAUACUCUUCUUGCACUUGAUCCUGCAGAACGGAAGACUGCAUCAGAUGCCUUAAGAAGUGAGUUCUUCACCACAGAACCUUAUGCCUGUGAUCCUUCUAGUCUUCCCAAAUAUCCGCCAAGCAAGGAAAUGGAUGUUAAACAGCGAGACGAUGAAGCAAGGAGACAACGAGCUGCAGGCAAAGCUCAAGUUGAUGGUGCAAAGAAACCCCGAACACGUAAUCGUGCUAAACCUAAUCCUGCUCCUGAAGCCAACGCUGAGCUUCAAUCCAACAUUGAUAGAAGGCGUCUAAUAACUCGUGCAAAUGCAAAGAGCAAGAGCGAGAAGUUCCCGCCUCCACAUCAAGAUGGACAACUUGGUUUUCCCUUGGGAUCUUCACAUCAUAUUGAUUCAGAUAUUGUUCCUCCUGAUGUCUCUUUUAGUUCAACCUCAUUUACGCAUUCAAAAGAACCGUUCCAAGCUUGGUCAGGUCCCAUUGAUGCACCCAAGCAGAAGAAACAUGCUACCAGUGAUGCACUGGAUUUAUCGAAACAACGUACAGGUGCCCUCAAGAGUAAACGUUAAGGGAAAGAAAUUCAUUGCUUAGAUAUAUUCAUUGCAUUAUAUAGAAUCAAAGUAAGAAAUUUCUCCGCCUUUGCUGCCAUAUUUGGGAUGAAGUCCAGAAGCCGCCAAAUCUGAAUUGUGAUCGGGCCUGUUGCUUGCCUGCUUCCAGAAUGAAGUAUUGCUCAACUCAAGUGCAAGGGUAACAUCUUUUUUCCAAUCUCACCCUUCUUUUCUUUCUCCCAUUCAACUACUUUUUUGUAUAUUGCUUUAUAUGGAUUUACAUCCGCCCUUCUAUGUUCAAUCUGCUGAUAGAGCGAACAAUUAUUAUAUAAUGUACAUGGCGAUUAUAUCAUUAUCGGGAUACUUUUUCAUGAAGUUGAUGAAGAUGAAUCCUUGAGAUAUUUUUUUUGUCCUCUUUAGUCAGUGAGAUAGGUAGCGCUCUGUGGUACAGACGAACACACUGAAAUGUGGGUGAGUAUCUUCAAAUCCUAUACCCAAAAUUCUUGAAGGACGAUACUGCCGUCCCAGAAAAUAUCAGAGUAUAAAGUUCAAGUUGGGGUUGUCAUUUGUCUCCCGAAGCUCGAGCUGCCCCAAAUGGCCCGUGGUCAGUUUUUGACAGGGAGAUGAUGUCCACUGCCAACGCUCUACAAAGAACUUGAAAUCCUAGUAUUGUGGAGCGUGCAUGUUGAAGAUAUUCUCGGUAUGGCUGCUUCGGAAGCUGCGUUGAACUAGGAAGCGAAUCCACAGGCAAAACUUGAGAAAUGACCUGGGUAUAGUGGCCAGUGGGUGAGAGUGCUGCGGAAGAAGAUGAACAACAAUGUUGUUUAUAGUUUUUGUUUACAAAUUGUGUGCGAUCUAAUGAUGUUUGCAUUGACAGCUUAUGACGAAUUAGAAACAGAUGUGUGUGUGUGAAAAUUAGUUGUUCACACCAAAGGAAGAGAGAACAAAUUAACAAUCAUGCCAGUGAACAGUGAAUGUUGAAUAGUAUUUAUCUAUUUUUCUUUCAUAUGAUAAGUUGAUUGAUUGAUUUUGUGCUAA